AUGUCAAAGCAACAAAUGCAGGAAGCAAACAAGGCUCCCGUCGGGAUGAGGCUCUUUUCUCAAAACGAAAGCAAAGCUUGGGCAGAGAAAUUCUUCUUAUUCUAUGGACCUGUCUGGAUGCUCUAUUUUACUUAUCUCAUUUACAAUGAAAUUUAUGAUGGAGCAUCGAGAAUGGAAUGGACCAUGUACGGAGUCAUCAUGGCUGUUCCAUGCGUUUUAUAUCCAUUAUUAUUUCCUGGAAAGGCUGAUCGUAAUCUUCCAAUCACUCAACGAUAUUGGUUCAAGUGUAAUCUUUGGGUUUUCAUUUUCAAUUUUGUUGGAAAUUACUUUUGGACUCACUAUUUCUAUAAUCUUUUAGGUGCUAGUUAUACCAUGGAUACUCAUAGAAUUAACAAUGUUCCUUACCUCAUGUUUUUAGCUACCCAAGCUUACUUUACCUUUUACUUUUCCCUUAGCAAUGUAUUAUUGAGAAUUAUUUAUACUUCUUGGAGAAAUCCUUCCAUUGCUAGAUUCCUCUUUGUGUCAGCAUUUAUUUUGGUAUUUUCGUAUUUCACUGCUUUCAUGGAGACUUAUACCAUUCAAUAUUUCAAGUAUUAUACCUUUAAGAACAGAGAUUUGAUGUAUAAGGUUGGCUCAAUAGUUUAUGGAAUUUACUUUAUUGUUGGUUUCCCAAUGUACUACAGAGUUGAUGAAGAUGAGACAAAGAAGAAGUAUUCUACUUUCAAGGUGUGUGUGGAAAGUUUGGCUUCAUGCAUGCUAGUGACAAUUUUGUUGGAUUUCUGGAGACUCUUUGUUGGAGGAAUUGUUGAGGAUAUCCCUCAAUGCGUUCCAUUCAUGUAA